CUGUCUUUACCAGAAACACUACCUUUUAGUUUACAUACAUAAAUUAUUAGGAAACAAAACAUGUUAUUUCACAUUGUAUGUUGUAGUAAAUGAAAAACUCCAGUUUCACAGGUUUCUGAUGGAAGCUCAAAGCAACCCCACCACCAACCAGUAGGUAGCACAUGGUUUUGCCUAUUUCCUCAACAGCUUAAAAGAUCAGUUCCAUAUGCAGUUACUGAAAUUGAAAAAUUUCAGUAUGCUUCACAUAUUUCUUCAGUGUUUUGGUAUCUUUUUUGUUCAAUAGUAGCAGGAAAUAAUUCAAUCGUUUAACUGAGGUCUUUGUGGGGUGAAAACCAACUCAACUGCUCAAAUGUGUUUGUAUAGCACUAAAGACCCUUUGGGAGGUUGACUGAGACUUCACCACACAUUUAAAGUAAGUAAUUUCCACUAUUCUCUAUAGUACUUUACAAGUACACAUCCUCUCGCACUCUAUACUGAAUAAUUAAUCAUAAAUGAUGGAUAUAAUUAUCUAAAAGCUGGUCAGUUCGAAAAACCAGUUCCGGCAGACCGAGGACUCGAAGAGUAGUGGUCGGUCAAAUGAGCAGACGAGAGCAGCAGUCGACCAAAGUCCAGGGUUCCGGAGAAGCUGAACUGUCAAAUAUUUGACAAUUUUAUCAUUAAUUAUUUAUAUCUUCAUCAGUUCAUACUUUUCAUUCGAUUUGGCUUCAUUUUUAUUCAUUUUUUAUGAAGCUUAGUGUUUUGUGUUGAGAAAUUUCUGAUUGCAAGUUGCUCAGGAUUAAGUGAUACUUGAUUGAAAUUUCAUUCUCAACUUUGAACUUUCAAAACAAGUGACAUAAUACUAUGUGAAACUUUUACCUUUUCUGAUUACAUGGAUAUUAAUGUUUCAGAACUGUAACCCUCUAAACUAGGUUUCCAAAAUUUAUAUGUCCACUUCUGAUCAAUAAAAAACUUAAAAAAAAAAAGUACUGCAGAUUGUAUAAGGAAACUCUUUUCUAAUAAUUUUUUCCACAAAAUGAGAUGCUAGUAUUCUCUCACGGUUUACUAGCGUACUACUCAAACCUGAAAGCUACUGUAUUCCUCCUAUUGAAUGAUCAUAUCCAAAUUCUACUAAGCUUGACUUAGCAAGUCAUUAAAUGGAAGUCUUUCAAGUGUGAUAUCAGAAGUACAAAGCGCUUCAUUUCGCUUUUUCCUACAUGAACUACAAAUUGUCCCUCAGCAACCUCUAUUUGUUCUUGAAGAACACCUUCUGAGGCCUUGUUUAGCACAUAAUGUUUUCUCAUACAGAUAGGUCCUGUAAGAUGUGAAUAGGGAUAAUGGCUAAGACAAUAUCUUAUGACGGACACAGUUUAGUUCCAAUAUUCAAAAGAUAUUCAUAUGAGUGGUUGAGUAGAACUUGUAGUCAUGGCUUGACUUAAAACUGUUAAAAGGCCUUCACAUAUGUGUGAUUUACUAGUCCACAACACAUGUAAUUUGUUUCUUUCAAAAUGGAAAAAGAUUAAAGGAGCAUUUGUAUUUAAUUUAAAUGCACUAUCAUUCAAGUUGUUGGUAGACUUGGAAACGCCUCCCUUGGGACCGAGCUUGCUCUUCCCAUUAUUUUUAUUUUUGGAGCCUUUUGCAUGCUCCACCACAUUGGCCUUGGCGCCGCUAACGAUUGGGAGUCUCCCAUCGUUCUUCCGAUCAUCCUCUUCAAUCCGUAGACGGAGGAUCAACUGUUCCAAGUUCAUUUCCUUUCGCUUAUGCUUAAGGUAGUUCUUGAAAUCCUUCCAAGUCGGCGGCAAUAAAUGGAUAAUUGACGCCACUUGGAAAGACUCGCUAACCGUCAUUCCUUCAUCUCGAAUUUCGUUGAAGAUCAUUUGCAUUUCUUCAACUUGACUCAAGACCGUCUUCGAAUCCACCAUUUUAAAAUCAAGGAAUCGACCGACAACAAAUUUCUUUGCACCGGCAUCCUCGCUCUUAUAUUUGUGGUCCAAAGCAUUCCAUAGCUCCUUAGCCGUAGCUAAUUUACUAUACACGUCGUACAGAGCAUCAUGCAGCCCGUUGAACACGUAGUUUCGGCAAAGGAAGUCAGAAUGCUUCCAAGCCUCAACCGCGUUGAAAGAUUGCACAUCCACCUCACCCCCGGUUACUACCGGCGCAUCCUCGGUCAAGAAACGUGCAAGACCGAGAGUAGUGAGAUAGAAGAGCAUCUUUUGCUGCCACCUCUUGAAGUUUAACCCAUUAAAUUUUUCAGGUUUCUCCACAGAGUUGCUCGACACGGUCACCAUAGGGAUAGCCCUUUGGUUAACCAAAGCAGAUGCAUCGCGUUGUGAACUAUUGUUCACCGGAGCUCCGCUUUCAGAGUGAUUAUCGUUCAAACCGUUCAAAGCAUUCUGCCCAACAACAUUUUCAUUUUCUUGAGAAGUCAUUUUUCGUUUCUUACGUUAUUCGAAAGCACAAAAAAAAAACAAGUUCGUUCACCAAGGUGACAAAGUACAAGUUUUAAGAUUGUUUACCGUAGUAGAACAAUCAACGAUUACGUUUUAAGAUUGUUGGGUGUGUUUCGAAAAACAAAGAAAAUUAAUUAAUAAAGAUUAAUUAAAUAAAAUGACUUAAAGAAAAACAAGAAAUGGGAUGAAGCAGAAUAAGCCAAAGCUCGUGCUACGCACGAUUUCCUUAAAACGUAUUCGUUGCCUCCCGGGGUGCUAGGAGCGUUGCAACGAUCGUUUCCCAGGAUAAGAUGACUUCGAACAAUAGUUUAGCACUCAAAGUAAAGUUCCAACGAACGUGAACAAAAGCAGAACACCGAAGGAGUUUGUAUGGAGUGCUAGAGGUGCUGUUUUAGCUAUGAAAACACGUGAACGAAGUGUAUGAAAGGUUGUUUAUUUUGCAAAGCACCUACUAGCCUUUUAUAGGGGUGGAUUAAGGUGUGUUAAUGGCUGUUUAAGGGUUAUGAUCAUUGGACAUCAAUGUCCUAAAGGGUUCAAAUUCCCUUGUGAUUUUCGGUGUGGGAAAGAACCCACACUAAAACCCACAUUUUCCUAGUUUUCUCCAUUCCAACGGGUAAACUUCGAAAAACAAUUUCUCACUCACCCGUUAUCCAUUUUAAGUGUACCAUAUAUCGAAUUGUAGCCCUUAGCAAGGACAAUCCGAAACCACUUUGACCCGACCCAAAUCGGAAGUGGACCUCACUCAAAUAAUUGUCCCAAAAUGACCAUUUAAUACACUUUUAACACACUUUUUCCAUCAGUAUGAAGUUAUAGUGAAUUCUAUAAAUGAUUUGUACAUGAAAAAUGUCUACGGAAGAAACUUGUUCACUAAUCUAAACUAAACUAUUUCCUGUAUGUACUCUAUAAAGAUGAUAGAUCAUCUCGAGCUAGAGAUGAUCUCAAGGAAAGUUGCUUCUGGACAAGGUAUUGUGAGUCCUCCCAUAGGAUGAUCAAAUCCGAAUUCUUCCUCAGCCUGACUAAGCAAGUCUCGGAAUGUCGAAUCAUUCAAGUAUGAUAUCGGAAGGACAAAACGCUUCUUUUCACCUUCACCAACAUAAACUGCAAAGUGACCCUUAAGAGCCUCACUUUCUCUGUAUGUUCUUGAAGAAGACUUCCUGAGGCUUGGCUUAGUACCACGCAGAAUUUUCGCCAUACUGACUGCCAUUGGUUGAAUGUUUCUCUCUUAGCUAUAAAGAAACUGGUGAGGGUGAUUGUUGGCCUUCCAGGAUUAGAGUCGUCAACAAAUGGGGGUAUCCUAUAUCAGUUAGUACAAUUAAAUGGUCUUCUUUAAACAUCACUCCCCACAUGAUUCAUUGAAUCUUGAACCCUUAAAUACGGUACGGGAAUUAAACGAAGUUUAAUAUGUACGCGUUUUAUUCGGUAACUUUAAUGAAAAAACGGUCAAACAUUGUUACAAAAAACGUUGACUUUUAAAAAACGUGUAAAUACGUAUACGUGUAUAAUACGGUAUAUGUUACAAAAAUUCGGACAAAAAAUAUGGGUACUAUUUUGAACAUUUAAAUUAUAUACUUCACAAAAUAACAUAUAUAGUAAAAAGAAAUAAAAAUAUACAUAUAUUCAAGUAACAAACCUCAUUACUACAUAAAAUAAUAAUUCAUAAUUGAAUAAGUCGAUGACAAAAAUAAAAAUAGUAAUUAAGCCCAAGACAUGAUUUUGUAAACUAAUGUCAACAAAUAAGACAUAAAAAAUAGAUUGAGACUAAGUUAAAAUGAUUAUCUUUAUAUGAUCAUCAAAUACACUCAAUUUAAAUUCAUCAAGAUGAUGGAUGACAUAUGCAACUGCUACGCGCGCUUCUUAUUGUUUAGAAAAAAAUCCACUUUUAUUCACAUGACUAUUAUACCACUUCCACAUUUAGUCCCUUACUUUCAGAUUGUCCACAUUUAGUCCGUGACCAUUAUCCCUUCACCACCUCUCAUCCUUCCGGCCAAAAUUCCAUCAAAUUUAAUGCAGAUUUCAGGUAUGAAAAACCAAAUUUAAUGCAAAAACUGAUAUGAAAAACCCAACCUGAUACAAAAUUUAAUGCAAAGAAUGAUUCUAAGACUGAGAAGUGGACUAAAUUUACCGGAAUUUUGGCCGGAAGAACGAGGGGUGGUGAGGGGAUAAUGGUUACGGACUAAAUGUGUACAAUCUGAAAGUAAGGGACUAAAUGUGGAAGUGGUAUAAUAGUUAUGGGACCAAAAGUGGAAUUUUUUCUAUUGUUUAUGUGUAAAAGUUUAUACUAAUAAAUGUCAGAUUUAGAAAAACUUUAAUUUUGACAUGCUUGUUUGGAAAAACAUCAGAUAUCUAGUACUCUGUAGUAUUUUAAGUUUUAAUCUUUAAGAAUGUUAGCUUCAGUCGCCAUGCAAUUAAUUUUAGUAUUUAAUAAUUGUAUUUAGCAACACAAAAACAUGAGGUGACAUGGAGAAACUUUUCUUUUUUUUCUUUUGAAUUAUUGUUGAUCCCCUGUAUAUUCAUUUAAUGUGUUCAUUCAAUUCAUCAAUUCAUGUUUUUAAUUUUAGUACUUAAUAAUUGUAUUGUAACAAUACAAAAAUAUGGGAUCACGAAGAGGAGCUUUCUUUUUUUGAUUUUACACUAUUGUUGAUCUCACAUGCAUUUAAUGCGUUCAUUCAAUUGAUCAAUUGAUGUUUCUAUUUUUAGUAAAAUACGAGAAAAAUACGUUUUAUAUGGGAAGUAAGAGUUUUUUUUCCUUUUUAAACGGAUCGACAUUAUUUUUCGUUUUCAACGUGUUUUUUGUUCAAAAAAACGAUAAGCAAUGCGUUUAAAACGGAAAAAGCUAACUAGGUCUUGAACACAUGGGGAUAUCCUAACCACUUCUGUCUUUCCAUAAAGUCUACCAAUUACCUUGAAUCAAUUGAUAGUUGUAACUUGUGACACAAACCAUGUAAUUUCAACCGGCUGGUAAUCGGUUAAAAUGCAAGAUUGGGUAUUUUUGAUAGUUUGGGGUGCUGAUGGUGUGAAUGAAAAGUACCUGAAUUUAAUUGACGUUUUAGUCAUAGUACGAGGACAUAUAUGACGAUUUUCACUUUAUCAAUAAAUUAAAAUAAAAAAUAUGGAAAAUAGUUAAAAUAGUCAUCUAUAGUAACUUCAAGCCAAUACAAGCACAUAAGUAACUUCAAUCUCACUUUUUAUCAUUAUUACACAAUUCAACGCACAAAAUCAAAAGUUACGUGUUUGAUUAAAUUGUUGAAUCAUAAGUCUCAUAAGGCGAAAAUCAGAGUCACCAAAUGGGUUCUACAUGUCUCAUAUCUUAAAUGACACUUUCUUUUGUUGAUCUAAUCUAACCAACGAGGGAGGGCGAUGUAAGACUAUAGGCUUUAGAGGUUGAGUUGACGGAGUAAAAACGUUGACCGACAUACAAACAAGGUUCUAUUUUUUUAAGAACAUUGUGCAACCUCUCAUGCACAAAUGUAUUGACACAGAUCAAGAGCAUUAACUCCUAUUCAUGAUUAUAAUGUUGUUAUUUAUCCUGCUAUCACAGUGGAUAGUGGUACAAUCAAUUGAAAUCAAUUUUGUUCACCCUCUCAAAAGAGGGUGAACAUCACCCAUCCUAUUUGCUUGCCGGGUGGCAAGACAAUUAGUUAUAGUAUUGCAAUUGUUUUAACUUCUUAUUUUUAAUCCAAUUAUUUUGAAAAUUAUAUCAAUUUUUUUUUAUUUUUUUACGAUAUUUCAUAUGGCACCAAUAUUGCAUAUAAAAAACAAAUUAAAAAAAUCCAGCUAAAAAUGAAUAUUUAGGAACUUUUUAUUUUUUUUAUAUACAAUAUUGAUAUCAUUGAAAUAUCUUAAAAAAUUACUAAAUCUGAUAUAUUUUUUUUAUAAAAUUUGGACAACAAAUAAAAAAGUUAUUGUAAUUUAAAUAUAAAAAGGAAAUUGAAUGUCAAAUGGCAACAAUUGAGCAAAGGGGUUGAUGUUCACCCUCCAAGAAGGGAUGAACAAAAUUACACUCUUAUUAAUCUUGGAGAGUAUUGAAAGAAUAAUGUAAAUGACACAUUAGUUGGCUAUGCAAAUGCUUUUAUGAUCCACAAAAGAAAAAAAUAAAAACCAUGAUAAUCACUUAGGUGAUUUAAAAAAACAUGAUAUUUAAUCACUUUGAUGGUACCACUAUCUCUUGAGAAAAUUUCAGAAAGAGAUAUAUGACUUCACUAUGGAGUCACAUGUCAUGUGUGUCAUCACCAUACCCACUCAUUUAUAUAGUGUGAUCCUCCAUUAUAAUUACACUUUUAGAAAAAAGUGAUUGUGAUGAUGCCACACAUGAUAUAUGAUUCCAUAGUUGAGUCAUAUACUACCUCCGUCUCUUAAAACUUUGUCAAAGUUGACAAUCACGGAGAAUAAUAAAGUAAAAACUGUGUGGUUGAUGUUUGUGCAGAGAAGAGAGAAAUAACAGAAAUCACAAAAUAAUUGAUUAAAAAGGAAAAUGAGAAAGUUUUUUAUGACGUUCCAAAAAGAAAAGAUGACAAAGUUUUAAGGAUGAAUGAAGUAUGUCUUUAUAAAAUUUCCCCUAUCUCAUGAAGAUCAAUAAAACAAACAUGAGUUGUAACAUCAUCGAAUCAUGCAGAACAUAUUGCUCUUUAUGAAGCAGGUCGAGAGUGUAUUGAGAAAUACAACAAAAUAUUGAGAAAGAAAAAACAAUUGACAUCCAAUAAAUCAAUUCCCGUAACAGUCCUGCUCAUUUAAAAUAUUGAGAAAUACACUCAAUUUAAAUUCAUCAAGAUGAUGGAUGACAUAUGCGACUGCUACGCGCGCUUCUUAUUGUUUAGAAAAAAUUCCACUUUUAUUUCCAUGACUAUUAUACCACUUCCACAUUUAGUCUCUUACUUUCAGAUUGUCCACAUUUAGUUCGUGACCAUUAUCCCCUCACCACCCCUCAUCCUUCCGGCCAAAAUUCCGUCAAAUUUAAUGCAGAUUUUAGGUAUGAAAAACCAAAUUUAAUGCAAAGACUGAUAUGAAAAACCCAACCUCAUACAAAAUUUAAUGCAAAGAAUGAUUCUAAGGCUGAGAAGUGAACUAAAUUUACCGAAAUUUUGGCCGGAAGGACGAGGGGUGGUGAUUGGAUAAUGAUUACGGACUAAAUGUGGACAAUCUGAAAGUAAGGGACUAAAUGCGAAAGUGGUAUAAUAGUUAUGGGACCAAAAGUGGAAUUUUUUCUGUUGUUUAUGUGUAAAAGUUUAUACUAAAAAAUGUCAGAUUUAGAAAAACUUUAAUUUUGACAUGCUUGUUUGGAAAAACAUCAGAUAUCUAGUACUCUGUAGUACUUUUAUGAUCCACAAAAUAAAAAAAAUAAAAAGCAUGAUAUUUAAUCACUUCGGUGAUUUAAAAAAAACAUGAUAUUUAAUCACUUGGAUGGUAUCACUUAGGGAUGGACUGGGUCGGGCCGAACCGGCCCGGAACCGGACCGGAACCGGACCGGCCCGCUACUGUGCGGGCCCGGACCGGGCCGGGCCCGGUUGGCCGGUUCCGGGCUUUUAGCCCGUGUGGGCGGGUCGGGCAGGCCGGGCUCGGGCCCAGUUUUGGGUGAAUCGGCCCGGGCGGUUCGGCCCGGGCCCAGGUCAAUUUUUUUUUGUUUUUUCAUUUUUUUUCUUUUCCUAGGGUUGGGCUGAGUGUUUUGGGGAGGUUUGGGGGUGGGGGUGAGGGGGUGGGGUCGGGGGAUAACAAGAAAGCAAAAAAAAAAUAAGUAUUGAACCGGGCCGGCCCGGCCCGGACCCGGUAGCAACCCGGGCCGAUUCCGGGCCCAAGGAAUUGCAAAAAAAGUCCGCCCGGGCCCGCCCCGGAACCGGCCCGGCCCGGUUCCAUCCAUAGUACCACUAUCUCUUGAGAAAAUUUCUAGAAAGAGAUAUAUGACUCCACUAUGGAGUCACAUGUCAUGUGUGUCAUCACCAUACCCACUCAUUUAUAUAGUGGGAUCCUCCAUUAUAAUUACACUUUUAGAAAAAAGUGAUUGUGAUGAUGCCACACAUGAUAUAUGAUUCCAUGGUUGAGUCAUAUACUACCUCCGUCUCUUAAAACUUUGUCAAAGUUGACAAUCACGAAGAAUAAUAAAGUAAAAACUGUGUGGUUGAUGUUUGUGCAGAGAAGAGAGAAAUAACAGAAAUCACAAAAUAAUUGAUUAAAAAGGAAAAUGAGAAAGUUUUUUAUGACGUUCCAAAAAGAAAAGAUGACAAAGUUUUAAGGAUGGAUGAAGUAUGUCUUUAUAAAAUUUCCCCUAUCUCAUGAAGAUCAAUAAACAAACAUGAGUUGUAACAUCAUCGAAUCAUGCAGAACAUAUUGCUCUUUAUGAAGUAGGUCGAGAGUGUACCGAGAAAUACAACAAAAUAUUGAGAAAGAAAAAAUAAUUGACAUCCAAUAAAUCAAUUCCCGUAACAGUCGUGCUCAUUUAUUUAUUUAUAAUAUCAAUGUCCUCCAAAAAUCUAGAAGAAGUUGUACACAAGAUUGCAAUAUGUCAUCUUGGGGUUAUUUGUUAAAUUGAGAGGUAUUAUAUGCAUUGCACAUUUGUACUAUAGGAGUAUUUCCUCUCCAACCUGUUUUAAUUUUCCUCAAUUUCCUAAUAGACGCCAAUUUGCUUAAUUAAAUCGUAAGAAUACACCAAUCAAAAUAGUAAGGAUAUCUCAGCCUAGUCUUAGCUUGGGGUCCUUGGGCAGCGACUGUCGACUGAAAUCAUUGACGCGGCGAAGGAAGCAGCGCUAUACAGCUGCAGCGAUUCAGCGAAGGGCGGAACGGCGAAGGGAAAAGGGCCGAAGGCUGAAGGCUUCUACCGGGCUACUCGUUCUACGAAUGUGCGACCACUACGUCAGACAGAGCAACGAAGGGCUAUAAAGGAUUUCUGCAACUCCUUGCCGGACGAACGCUCAUCAGUGAAAGUGUGUGUCAAUGGCUAAGGCUUCAAGGCUCAAACCAGCAACUGUGUACCUCUACAUUCCCAACAUUAUUGGUUACAUGAGAAUUUUAAUGAACUGUUGUGCUUUUGCAAUAUGCUUCACCAACAAAAGGCUUUUCUCAAUCUUAUAUUUUGUUAGCUUUGUAUGUGAUGCUUUGGAUGGUUGGUUUGCUAGGAAAUUCAACCAAGUUUCAACAUUUGGAGCUGUUCUGGACAUGGUGACAGAUAGGAUCAGCACUGCUUGCCUCCUCGUGAUUCUUUCACAAGUUUAUAGGCCUGGCUUGAUUUUCUUGUCUUUGCUCGCUUUAGAUAUUGGAAGCCACUGGUUGCAAAUGUAUAGUUCCUUCUUGGCUGGGAAAACAAGCCAUAAAGAUGUGAAGGACAGCAGUAGUUGGCUAUUCAGGACUUAUUACGGGAAUAGAAAGUUUAUGGCUUAUUGUUGUAUAUCCUGUGAGGUUCUUUACAUCCUCUUAUUUCUUUUGGCAGAGAACCAAACUGAAAGUUUGAACGAUGUUCUUAUCAAUUCUGCAAUGAAAAGCUGGCUCUACUUUUCACUGCUUUCCUUGCUUCUCUUUGGUUGGGCAACUAAGCAAUUCGUCAAUUUUAUACAGAUAAAGACGGCAGCAGAUGCAUGUGUGCAGUAUGACAUUGCGAAACAGCAAUAGCAGAGUACCUCUUAAUGCAAUGUUUGUUUAGAUGGUAACACUUGAUCCGAUUUUAGAGGUCCCAUUUGUCAUUUCUCACUUGUUUGAACAGAAAAGCCGACACUUGACUACGAAGCGUUUCUUCUCUUUUUUGAUCAUUUGAUGGAUUAGCCUACAGCCUGGGCACAUCAUCAGUUUUUCUCUGGUCUAGUUUGCGCACAUUUGGAGACUUUUGUAUAUUACUUACUGUUUUCAUGGCCAAUCUUAUGUUACAUUUGAGUUGUCUCGAUUUGAUGUUUCUUGAUUGCUUGCUGUAAGAAAAUAUGUUAGGAACGAAACUGUGUUUCCUUCAUUCUUUGCAGUUUAACUUGCACUUAUGAAGCCAUUAUCAUUGAUCAAUUUUAUUAAUCAUUUUGAGGUUUGAAUGUACUUUCUCCGUUCAUAUAAAAUUGCAACAAUUUUAUUUUCCG